AUGGAAACAGAGUCUACUAUCCCACUCUGGCAGAGCAAACCAUGUGGAGCUGCUCGAAGUGUAGUGCGGAGGAUUGGGACUAACCUGCCCUUGAAGCCAUGUCCUCGGGCGUCCUUUCAGACACUGCCCAACAUCUCUGACCUAUAUUUGAGCAAUGUGCCCCGUGUCCCUACUUUGGCUGAUAAUGCCUGGAUAGCAGCAGAUGAAGAGGAAACCUAUGCUCGAGUCAGGAGUGACACCCGGCCCUUGCGACACAAGUGGAAGCCCAAUGCCUCAGGGCCCAACCUUCGAGGGCCGGAGGUCCUACCAGCCCUUAGCCGAACCACUGAACUACAACAUGAGCUAAGUCACCUACGCAGCCAGAUUGCCAAGAUUGUGGCAGCAGAUGCAGCUUCAGCUUCAUUAACGCCAAAUUUCUUAUCUUCAGGAAGUUCAAAUGUCUCUUCUCCCUUACCUUGUUUUGGAUCCUCAUUCCACUCUACAACUUCCUUCGUCAUUAGUGACAUCACAGAAGAGGCUGAGUUAGAAGGCCCAGAGCUACCAUCCGUUCCGGUUCCCAUGCUUUGUUCUGCCAGCUCUGAAUGCUGCAAAACUGACUCCAAAGCUUCCUGCAGCUUGGCUGACGAUGAGGACUGUGUGUCUCUCUCAAAGGCUAGCAGCCUUGCAGACGCAAUGGGCAUCCUGAAGGACAUUCACCGGAUGAAGCAGAGCCAAGACCUGAAUCAGAGCUUGAUGAAGGAAGAAGACCCUGCUGUCCUAAUUUCAGAGGUGUUGAGGAGAAACUUUGCUCUGAAGGAAGAGGAUAUCAGCAUGAAAGGAAACUGA